ACGACGGCACUCAACCGGUGACCUCCCGUGCGAUUUCCUAGUGACUAGUGUUGUGUGAACUUUGUCCCAUAUGAGUAAAGGGACGGCAAGGACUACGCUAGCCGAUAUCGACAGGUCGAUCGUCAACGCCGGUUUCAUAUUGUGACUUAAGGCUGCUGUGAAUUCUUACCAAGUGAUAAUAAUGCAGUGGUUGUACCUACCUACCUGUACAGUUGUAUGUGUGUUGUGCAAUGAACAGUGAAGUAUUGUGACUUUGGUUAGCACGCGGAAAUGAAAAGAGAAAAGUACAAGGAGACGCGUUUUGGAUUCCGGCGCGGUGAGCGAUGAAGGGGUGGUUCGACGCUUUCCGCGAGGAAGGCGGGCCGACCCUGUACGCUUACCACAACCGCACGGCUGUGGCCGCGGAUGUGCCAGCGCUGGCACUCCUCGUCGCGGCACUCACCCUCUACAUCGCGUUCCUUGCUGUGUUCCCCGGAAUCAGAAAAGAGAGAUUUUCCACAUUCACGAUAGUCACCCUAAGUCUGUUCGUGGGCACUGUGAUUUUAGUAUGUAAGCACGGGUCUUCGUGGCAUGUAUCCGGGGCACGCGUGUCCCGUGCCGCGUACCGCGCGUUCUCAGCCGACCGCCUCGAUUGCUGGCUCGCCAUUCACGUCGGCUUGGGCCACGUCAAUGUCUCACUCACCGCGCUGUCAUGGGGAAACUUGUCACAAGGAGACCCCGGCGUGGACUACAACGAACAGUUCCGAUGGGAGGAGGCUGGUGCCAUCCAGGAGUGGUAUCGCGCCGGCCUUCUACGAGGUCUACCAUACCCUGUACUGUCUGUCGCUGAACAUUUUGCAGCGGAGCACGAAGGCUUUGAAUGGGGUGCUAAAUAUAGGGCAGCCGGGUACACAACCACCACACUGCUUUGGACGGCGCUGGCUUUAUGGCUGCUCAUGAACCUCCUCCUGGUCGUGGUGCCCCGGUACGGUGCAUACGCUAUGGCAUCCUUAGGCGUGACACUGUGCACAGCUGCAGGCGGUUAUUGGGCAUCCUUACCACACGUCCCUUUAAUUGUCAGACUUGAUGGAGCUAUGCUGUUCUUCUCAUUGGGUUGGUGCUUCUGGCUUGUUCUCAUUGCCGGUGGUAUAUGCCUAGUUGUUGGACUGUUAAUAGCGGCAUUGGAUCUAGUCUGGCCGCAUAAGUUCUCGACUGUACUAGAGGUGGACUACGAUACGCCAUACGACAGACACGUCCUCAUAGUCGAUAGCAGGCAGCGGGCGCGGCCGCAAACACAAAGCUCACUACCUUCUAGAAUACUGAGGAGGCUAUCAUCAAAAAAUUCCCAGCGGCAUGUCUCGAUGAGCAUAGUCAAUGAGAGUUCGGGCCGGGACAACCCAGCUUUUUCGCCUGAGCAGCGGAAACCUAACUCACCGUGGAGGUAUCCGCUUUUUAGACGACAAAUCGACCGCGCGGACUCUGCAUCGAGUUUAGGGUCAAGUAUAAAUGGUAACAGUUCCGGUAUCAAGAUGUCGCCACUGGCAAGCAGCCCGCCUUCUGGUUCAGUUACUAUGUCGCCGCAGAGGUAUCGGCCUCAAUUACCAGCAACUGAACGCGUGAAAGAUAUGUGGUGAAAAUAGAAAAUAGGACAUUUUGAAAGUGUGGAUUUAUAAAAAAAAAAAAAAAAAAUUGUCGAUCUCUUUAAAUUAUGAGGGCGACUGCGGUCAACAAAAAAACCUCUUUAAAAAAGUAUUAUUUCAUUCAAAUUUAAACCUGAGGUCUAACGUUAUAGUAAGUGUUUAUAAGGGCUCUUAGAUACGAGUAUUAUAAAGUAAAGUGUAAAUAUGUACCUAUUAACUUAAAAAUUAGUACCUAAGUCCAUUAAAUUAUAAAUUCAGCCCAGUGUCAUAAGUAAAAUAGUGAAUACGAAUUUUUAUGCCUCGGAAAAUCAUGUAAUUUUGUGGUAGAAUUAGUUAUUAGUACGAUCAUAUCGACACAAGUGAAUAAUUUGUGCCAUUUGUAAAAAUUAUGUAUUGACCUUAAGUCGCCGUUAUCAAGGCGGAUCUAUUAACUAAAAGUUGGUCUGAAAGGAUAAUAUAAAAUUAAUGCCAUCUUGAAUCCGCCAGGCGUGUGUAUUUAAGAAGUCAAAUUAAAGUGAAAUCAUCCUACUUAAUUCGCAUUCAUUACUCUUAACACAAAAUCGUAGACAUUUUUAUAACAAAUCAUACUGUUAUAAGUAAAUUUCAUCAUCAACUGUUUUAGAUUUUAAUCAUAAUAAAACUAUGGUUCCUUUACGGGAUGUCAUACCUAAUACGGAAUAAGUCACCUCAGCUGCAAUAUAUUUAGAAAUGCGUAUUAUUAAACAUUAUUUUGAAAGUUUUAUAGGUGUAGGUGGAAAGCAGUCAUUUAGUAAUAACAUUUAUUUUUAAGUUAUUUAUUUUUAAUAGUUGCCAAACAUAGUAAUUAUUAUGUAAAACGCAUUUGUUCUAAGUGGCUACGUGCCGUCUUUCUUUCUCUGUUAUUGUAGUAACAUCAAUCACAAUAAAACUAGAUAUUAAUUUAUGUACUGCAUCACAUAGAAUUUUACAAGUAAAGUUAUUUUCAAUGUUGUGAAAAUGUGUUUCCAAUAGUGAUUAUGUAUUAAGCCAUUUUGUAAUUAAUUGUAAAAAGUGAGAAAGAAAAGUAAUAUUUAUUGUGAUCAAAAUAUACCAAUUGAGAACUUA